AUGAGCAAUCAUAGGAAUCAGUGCAUUCCCAACACCUCCCCUUCAAGUGGGUCGGCACCACUUAUGACGUGGCUUGACCUGCAUGCUCUGCAUUUUUCGGCAAGAGUGGCAGAGGUGGUUGCCGUAUUCGGCGGUGCAAUCUUGGGCCACUUUGAGAAGGCAUCGACCACGACCAGAAAAGCCGAGCUGACCAUCAUCAGCUUUAGUGCAAAGGAGAUUCCGACCACUGACCCAGUUGACCUCACAGAAGUCAUUCUUCUGCAAGAACUUCUAAAGCUCCAAGAAAUGAACUCGCCAGGUCCGGAUGGAAUACACGUAAAGCUGUUGCAAGAGCUAGCCGUGGAGUUGGCAGAACACUUGUACUUAUUCUUCCGAGCCUUCCUUAAUACAAGCCAAUUUCCACCCGACUGGAAGACAGCGUGGACCUCACCCAUUAACAAAAUUGUGAGCCGGGCGUCCGCAAACAACUACAGGCCGAACGAUGGACCCAAGCACUCGAUGAAGGAGAUACGGUGCUUGCAGUCUUCGAAGACUUCAAAAAAGCAUUCGAAACUGAGCCUCAUCAACGUCUAUUGUACAAGCUCAGUUUUAUACUGGUAA